GGAAAAUGCGGGUCACGUCGGAAUCGAAUUCCGGCCCGCCAAGCCGUACACCAUCCAUCAUGGACAGCCCGACGCUGGUGCGGGUGGAACGAGCCCGUUUGCGCCAGGAAGCGGACAGCAACGGGCAGCGACCGGGUAGCGGCCAACGCGAGGACAGUCUCGAGCGCUGUCUGCUCGAUCCGAAGAAAUCUCUACUAAUUGGACGAAUCCCGGUAGCACAAAUGACUGGCCCGAUUAAGCGAGGACUGCUCUGGCAGCAGCGUGAUCGGCUGUUCUCCCGCUGGAAGGAAAGAUACUUCAUCCUAACACGUGAUUAUCUCAAUUGUUUCAAACGGGCGACCGGAUCUGCGUCGGAGAAGAUUUCCGACAUGGGACAGUUUAUAUUUAAGAUCAAACUAGUCGAUGUGGAAAAGGUGGAAUGGUUGAAUCGGCGGUCGUACAGCGCGAUAGGCCUGCUUCUCGGUUCACGAGAAGGACGCGUCCUGUUGCGCAGCGACCAGGGCCUGGAGGAUUGGUUCGAGCUGCUGGAGGAGUGCACGCUGAGCAGCAAGGAGCGGCGUCGUGCUCUUCGGCUAACGCAAGGGCCACGAUCGCGCGCCUCGCUAGCGGCCCCAGUAUCGGCGGCUUCACUGCAGAGCAACCACCUCGGGCUCGGCGGUACCUACUCGGGUGCGAUCGAGGACUGGCUAAUGUCGCGCCAUCAGAAACCGGGCGGACAGCGGUUCAACCACAUCCUGCUGUCGGAUUCGGUGCCCGAUCUCAGCUCGAUCAACGAGAAUGGGCUGUGCAGCGGUUUGCUGACGAACCAUUCGACCCCGAAGAAGGUGCCGAAUGCACGCCACAACCUGUCGGCCGGUGGUGCCUCCAGCAAUGGGUACAGCAGCCACAACGGUAGCCUCUACAAUGGGUUCCCGUACUCGCCGCUGAAGAAGCUGGCGGACAACUUUGUGAAUGGUAAUCACAGCUACACGCUGCACGACGAUCUGGAGGAGGAGGUUGAGUUACGCCGCGGUGGACGCUACCGCGAGAAUGACGAUCUGUACAGAAGACCGCUCGGUCCGGGUGGGAACGAUAGUAGCCGCCAUUCGUUCCUCACCGAUUUGGAUUAUACCGGUUGUGAUAGUGGGCUCGAUACGCCACCAUCAACGCACCGUCCAUCGAGCUGCCGAGACAACAUUUACUUCGGUUCGGCUUACAACCACCAUGGACAUGGUUCCGGAUUCCUGGGCAAGGAUAAGACAACCGACACCGGCAUCAGUUCGUCCCGGGGAACGCUCGUUUCGCCGGCGAGCAGCAUUCGUCAUGGGUACGUCAAUGUGCAGAACUUCAACGGCAACAGCACGAACAACAACAACCAUCUGAACAGUUAUGGAUCUCGCUACAGCGUACAGGAGCAGAAGAUUCUUCGUGCUCGCAAUACGGAGGAGAACAAAAAUUCGAUCCGUUCGGUGCGGGCAGAGUUUUUCGAGCAAAGCAAAUAUAACAGCAAUGGCAGCAACAGUGCCCUCGCCAACAACAAUAACAACAUCAACAACAAUGGUAGUGGUGGUGGCCACCAUCCCUCACACUACCAUCCGCAUCCGCAUCAUCAACACGUGGCGCAGCAUCCGAACGGUGUGGUCGGAAGCAAUGGCAACAUUCAUCAACAUUUUAACGGACUAAACAACAACACCACUAGCAGCAACAGCAACCACAACCACAACCACAACAACAACAACAAUGGGAAUGGUGGAGGAUCGACCCUUAACGAUCGUGCCUCGUUCCUGUCCGCCAAUGGCAACACGAACGGUUCGCAGCGCGAUCGCUACCAGCAACAUCCGGCCCUGGCUGCCAUCAUCAACGAAUCGCAGGGAAUGAAAUUCCGAGAUCGUUCCUAUUCCGACUGUCAGCAGGCACCGCGAGCACGCCAGUGGACCAGCAAUACACCGAGUCCGAAGCGUAUCCCCUUUUUGGGCACUCCACCAACCCGGGUGUAA